UAGCCCAGCAUCCAAACGCAUCCUAACGCACGAAACGCAUCCCAGCCCAAACGCCACGAGCACGCACGCCGCCGCCCAGUGUCUGCGCUCCGCCGGCGCCGUCCCCCCUUUCCCGGCCUUCCCCCGCCCCGGUCAACAUCUCCCGCGUAGCCUGGCCGUGCCGCACUACUGCGGUGCGCCGUGCGCCCCCUGCUGGCCCCGGCCAGCCGGCCUCCCUCCGCGGCGGCGACGAGCAGAGCAGCCAACGUGGCGACGGCGGGCCCCCUCCUGUGCGCUCCGGCCCCGUGCUUCUGCCGCCGCCGGCUGUGUGGCCUGCUUCUGCCUACUGCCGCCGCGGCGCCCCUCCUCUCGCUGAAAUAGAAGUUGGUGUUUGCUUCAAUCCUGGCUUCAUCACUGGCUCCCAUCUCAGUAUCCCACCAUGCUCUUCAGUCGGAAGCUUCUCCCAUGGCCGUGCCCAAGACAGUCACAAGCCCAGGCUCUGCUCUGCCGCCCAUUUUCCGCCUUCUACCCAACCAACCCCGACGAUGACGACCCUCCGUUUACACGGAUCCCCAAAACCCCACCUCGAGCUUCGGCGCCGGCGCCGCCACCGCCGAAGCCCAAAGACCAGCCUGCCAAGAUCAGCCCCGACGAGCCGGCACACUCCGACCUUCCCUUCGACUUCCGGUACUCGUACUCGGAGACUGACCCGACCUGGAGGCCCAUUGGGUUCCGCGAGCCAACCCGGUUUUCGCCCUUCGGCCCCGGCCGCCUUGACCGGCCUUGGGACGGCGUCGUCGCCGCCGCCGUGCGCGCCGAAGGGAACAGAGAGGAUGUUUGUGGCGGUCCGAGUCGUAGGGAUGAGGUGCUUGGCGAGGCACUGUCGGAAGCGGAGGUGGCAGAGCUCGUGGAGAGGUACCGGCACAGCGACUGCUCCCGGCAGAUCAAUUUGGGGAAAGAUGGUGUAACUCAUAAUAUGCUCGAUGACAUCCACAACCACUGGAGACGUGCAGAAGCAGUCAGAAUCAAAUGUCUUGGGGUUGCAACUCUUGACAUGGACAAUAUAUGCUUCCAUCUUGAGGAUAAAACAGGUGGGAGAAUCAUAUACCGUAGCAUAAAUAUACUCAUCCUAUAUCGUGGCCGGAACUAUGAUCCAAAACAACGGCCUGUCAUACCAUUGAUGUUGUGGAAGCCAUUGGCUCCUAUUUAUCCUAAGGUUGUCCAAAAUGUUGCUGAAGGGUUGACUUUUGAGGAAACAAAAGAAAUGAGAAACAAAGGAUUACAUUCGCCACCGCUUAUGAAACUGACUAGGAAUGGUGUUUAUGUUAAUGUUGUUGACAAAGUGAGAGAGGCCUUUAAGACUUUGGAAGUUGUGAGACUAGAUUGCUCUCAUUGCGGUACUAGUGAUUGCAAAAAAAUUGGUGUGAAGCUGAGGGAUUUGGUUCCAUGCAUCCCUAUACUAUUUAAAGAUGAACAAAUUAUUCUCUGGAGAGGGAAGCGGGACCAGGAGGACUCUGUUUCAGCUCAUUGUGCUUCUUGGCCACAGUGAUGCAAGUGCUUGUAAUCUACUCCCUCCGUUCCUAAAUAGAUGACUCAACUUUGUACUAACUUUAGUAUAAAGUUGAGUCAUCUAUUUUGGAACGGAGGGAGUACAACCCUAUACUCAGAGUAGCAGCUAGCUGAAGCAGGCCUGCUUUUUGGGUUACUUCUGUGAGUUGCAUGAGAUGUGUUCACUGGAGUAUAAGGAUCUGCAGUCUACAAGAAAUGGUCUAAUUGUUUGUCAGCA